CUAGGGUUUUUUUUCGACUGGAAGUGGUCUCUCAGCUCAGCAGCUCUCGUAACAGCACAGCACCGCCGGAACCCAAAACCGCCAGCUGCAGCAGAGCCACUUCGUUCCGCCACCAUGGGGAAAACACGUGGAAUGGGAGCUGGUCGCAAACUGAAGUCCCACCGUAGAAGGCAACGAUGGGCUGAUAAGGCUUACAAGAAAUCUCAUCUUGGUAAUGAAUGGAAGAAGCCAUUUGCUGGAUCUUCCCACGCCAAGGGGAUUGUUCUUGAGAAGAUUGGUAUUGAGGCUAAACAGCCCAACUCUGCUAUUAGAAAGUGUGCUCGUGUUCAGCUGAUCAAGAACGGAAAGAAGAUCGCUGCUUUUGUUCCCAAUGAUGGUUGUUUGAACUACAUCGAGGAAAAUGACGAAGUCUUGAUUGCCGGAUUUGGUCGUAAAGGCCAUGCUGUGGGAGAUAUUCCUGGUGUCAGAUUCAAGGUUGUCAAGGUGUCCGGCGUAUCCCUCCUAGCUCUAUUCAAAGAGAAAAAGGAGAAGCCAAGAUCUUGAGCUAUUAAGUGCUUUAGCAUCAUCCCUAUUGUAGCCUUAUUAUUGUGCAAGAUACCCCUUAGCAUCUCUUCCCAUGGAAGACUUCUUUAUUGUUAUUCAAUUAUAGCUUGUGCCUGAGAUAGAUCUCCUCAAUUUGCACUUUGCACUAUGCACUAAUUACCUACUUUAUUGAUAUGUUUAUGUUCUCACUUUGAGAGUAUACUGAAACUGAUGUGAGUCUAAACUAGGGUUCUAAACUACUA